AUGGCAUCAAAGAGAGCGUCACAGCAAGCGCUGCGAGCAGCAUGCAAGGCAGCCGCACCAGCACAGAAGCGUAGCUUCGCACUCUUGGCAGCACAGCGAGCAUCGCGACCCGCAGCCACAGCGGUCCUUCAGCACAUCUUUCCCCAGAGCAAGCAGCAGACUCGCGGAGUGAAGACACUCGACUUUGCAGGCACGAAAGAGGUCGUAUAUGAGCGAGCAGAUUGGCCUUUGCCCAAGCUGCAAGAGUACUUCAAGAACGACACGCUCGCUCUCAUUGGCUACGGUUCCCAAGGCCACGGGCAAGGUUUGAACGCGCGCGACAAUGGCUUGAAUGUCAUCGUCGGCGUCCGCAAAGACGGCAGAAGCUGGAAGAUGGCCGAGGAGGACGGCUGGGUACCCGGCAAGACGCUGUUCUCCAUUGACGAAGCACUCGAGAAGGGCACAAUCAUCAUGAACUUGCUCAGCGACGCAGCACAAUCACAGACUUGGAAAGAAAUCGAGCCCAAGAUCACCAAAGGCAAAACACUUUACUUCUCUCAUGGCUUCUCCGUCGUCUACAAGGACGAUACCGGUGUCAUUCCUCCAAAGGACGUCGACGUCAUCCUCUGUGCGCCAAAGGGCUCCGGUCGAACUGUCCGCUCGCUCUUCAAGGAGGGUCGCGGCAUUAAUGGCUCCAUUGCAGUAUGGCAAGAUGUGACCGGCAAGGCAAAGGAGAAGGCAGUAGCACUCGGCGUUGCAGUCGGCACCGGCUACCUCUACGAGACGACGUUCGAAAAGGAAGUCUACUCUGAUCUCUACGGCGAACGUGGCGUCCUCAUGGGCGGUAUCCAAGGCAUGUUCCUUGCGCAGUACGAAGUCCUCCGCAAGAACGGCCACUCGCCUUCGGAAGCAUUCAAUGAGACUGUCGAAGAGGCUACCCAGUCGCUUUACCCCCUCAUUGGUGCGCACGGCAUGGACUACGUACGCAGGAUCGUUUGCUUUCGGUGA